AUGAAUCAUUUAUUCUCUUUCUUCAUCGUCUUUGCGACGGUAUGGUCAUCCGUGCUGGCCGUCAACGGAGACAUUGCGUGCAAGAACGGAAUGUGUGUGACUGCAAUCGUUCAUAGCAACUCGACAACGACCUACGACCUCACCGUCUCCAACUCACAGGUCGGAUGGAUGUCUAUAGGCUUUGGAUCUACUAUGAUCAACGCCCCUAUGGUCAUUCUCUGGAGGGACUCAUCCAAUGGGAACACGAUCAUUUCACAACGCUCCGCUUCUUCAUACGACGGGCUGACCAUCGUGACAUCCCCCCCAAGGGUCGCUUCCGCUGUCAAUUCACGCGCAAGUUUCAAUUCAACAGCCCAGACCCUCUCGUUUUCAAUUCCAAGCAAUUCGGACAUCCGACAAACUAUUAUCUACGCCUGGUCGAGUACUGCUCCUUCGAGCAAUAGCCCGGAUGCCAGCAUAGUCGAGCACGACGACAAGGGAACCAUGUCUCUUAAUCUCGUCAACCAACUCCCGUCAUUCUAUGACGAGGUCGGAUCCAACUCGACGACCACCAUCCCUACGUCUGGAGGGUCUACAUCUGACUCUGGAUCAAACACCAACUCUGGCUCUAAUUCAGGAUCUAGCAACAAUAUUGCCAUUCCCCUGACCCCCAGUCAAAAGGUCCUGGCUGCACAUGGUAUUAUUUUGACCAUUGCGUUCCUCAUCAUCCUUCCUCUUGGUGCGCUUCAAGCGCGUCUCUUCAGGACGAUUAUUCCGGGCAAGAUUUGGUUCGGCCUCCACUGGAUCCUACAAUGGCCUGUUGCUGCCUUGCUAAUGAUCAUUGGGCUAAUCCUUGGUGUGGUCGAAACCCACAAACUGAAAUUGCCAGACAGCAACCACAAGACAGUCGGAGUCAUCUUGACCGCUCUCUAUGUCAUUCAAUGCGUCUACGGUGGUAUCAUUCACUUUGUCAAGCCAGCUCGGCCAAACGGACGACCUCCUCAAAACUAUGGACAUGCUAUUAUUGGUAUCCUUGUCAUUGGACUCUCCUUUAAGCAAGUUCACAAUGGCCUUGACGAUGAGUGGCCGCGUAUUGGUGGCCCCGCAAUCCCACAGUCCAUUUGGACAUGGUGGAAAGUGUGGAUUAUCGCAAUGUGUGUAACUGCAAUCGUCGACAGUAACUCGACAACCUACGACCUCACCGUCUCGAAUUCGCAGGUCGGAUGGAUGGCCAUAGGCUUUGGCAGGACCAUGGUUAAUACCCCCAUGGUCAUUCUGUGGAGAGACUCGUCCAAUGGGAACACCGUAAUUUCACAACGCUCCGCCUCUGCCUACAGCAUGCCAACCGUCGUGUCCUCCCCCCCACGGGUCGCUUCCGCGAUCAAUUCGCGUGCGAGCUUCAAUUCAUCGGCCCAGACCCUCUCGUUCUCCAUACCGAGCAAUUCGGACACCCGCCAAUCCAUCAUCUACGCGUCGAGUAACGCUCCUUCGAGCAAUAGCGCAGAUGCCACCAUUGUUGAGCAUGACGACAAGGGAACCAUGACCCUCAACCUUGCCAACGGAUCAGGAUCCAACUCUACGACCCAAACAUCUGGAUCCAGCAACAAUACAUCAACGCCCCUUACCUCGAGUCAAAAGGUCUUUGUGGCUCAUGCCGUCCUUUUGACAGUUGCGUUCCUCAUCAUCCUUCCUCUCGGUGCCCUUCAAGCUCGUCUUCUCAGAACGAUUGUUCCUGGCAAGCUCUGGUUCGGCGCCCACUGGAUUCUACAGUGGCCUGUCGCCAGUCUGAUGAUCAUUGUUGGACUGAUCCUUGGUGCGGUCGAAACCGACAAACUGGAAUUGCCAGAUAGCAACCACAAGACAGUCGGAAUCGUCUUGGUUGUCCUCUACGCAGCUCAAUGCAUCUAUGGUGGCGUGAUUCACUUUGUCAAACCAGCACGAUCCACCGGACGACCUCCUCAGAACUAUGGACAUGCCAUUCUCGGGCUCAUCAUCAUUGGGCUCGCCUUUAAACAAGUUCACAACGGCCUCGAUGACGAGUGGCCACGCAUAGGUGGUCCCGAAGUUCCCAUGUCCAUCUGGACUUGGUGGAAAGUGUGGAUUAUUAUGAUCCCACUACUAUACCUGUUCGGUCUCGCUCUGCUUCCUCGCCAAUAUCGAUUGGAGAGGGAUCAGCGUGCAAAGGCGGAGCACAAUGCUCCCAUCGAGCUCAAGCAGUCACAGUAG